AUGGCUUCUCAAAGACAUAUAAAUCAUCCGGCGUUUCGGGAUUUACCGAUUUCUGUUCAGGAAAUCGGCUCAAACUGUGUGAAUAGAGCUAAGAAGGAAAUCACAUGGGGCCGUGAUCUGGACGCCUCUGACGAGUUCAGCGGGUCGUUGAAAGGUCAUGGAGAAUUCCAGGAUACUGAAGAUACCGCCAGCGAUACUAAUUUGGAAGGCCAAUCUUCGGAAAAGGCCCGCAAAGGUAAAUAUCAGGUCGACGACAACCGCAACAACUAUUGGGCCAUCGUGACCACCGGUGCCGGUUUGUUCUCAGAUGGCUACAUCAACAAUUCGAUCAGUACUGUGAACGCGUGUUUGUCGAUUAUCUACAAGGACCAAUAUUCCAACUCGAACGCUUUGCAAAACGUGUCGUCCAUCGCAUUCGUCGGCACUGUUGUGGGUCAGCUGGUGUUUGGCUACGUGUCCGAUUUCCACUCGCGUAAAGUGGCCAUGUUGGUGGGCACAGGGAUCCUGAUCUUGUUUUCGAUCUUGGGAGCCGGUGCGUGGGGUGUAGGAACUACAGGAACACACGCCGGUGGUCUUUUCGCUGCAUUGACCGCCUACCGGUUUUUCCUAGGUAUCGGUAUCGGAUCGGAGUAUCCAGCAGGCUCCACGGCCGCUGCCGAAGCCUCAAACUCUCUACCAGCUGGCAAACGUAACAGAUGGUUCUGUUGGUUCACAAAUUUCAUGAUUGAUACCGGGUUUGUGGUCAGUUCCGUGGUGCCUUUGAUUUUGCUCAAGAUCUGCGGCGAGAACCAUUUGACGCCCGUGUGGAGAAUCACAUUAGGACUGGGUGCCAUUCCGCCAUUGUCGCUUUUCCUACUUCGUUUCAAAUACAAAGAGGGCAAGCAAUACCAAAACACUAAAUUCCAGAGAACAAUGCCUGUUUGGAAGAUCUUCAAAUUUUACUGGUUUAGACUCACUAUUGUGAGUUUGAUCUGGUUCCAAUACGAUUUCAUUUCCUAUUCGUUUUCCAGUUUGUCCAGUUUGAUUUUGGAAGGUGUUCUUGGAGAUAGCGCUACUUUGACUAAAACAUUUGGCUGGAACAUCGUUUUCAACUUAUUCUAUAUCCCAGGUGCAUUCCUUGGUGCGAUCUUCGCAGACUACUGGGGCCCUCGCUUCACCCUUGUUAGCGGUGUGCUUGUUCAGGCCGCUAUCGCUUUCAUCAUCGCUGGCUGUUUUGAUCACCUGAAAAAGCACGUUGCUGCUUUUACUGUCGUUUUCGGUAUUUUCAGUACCCUUGGCGAGUUCAGUGUUGGUGACAACAUUGGUGUUCUAGCUUCAAAGACUAGCGCAACCCCAAUCAGAGGCCAGUACUACGGAAUCGCAGCUGCAGUGGGCAAAAUUGGUGCUUUUGCUGGCUCCUAUGCUUUCCCUGCGAUCAUCAAGAAGUACGGAGGAUACGACCACCUGAAGGUACCCUUUUGGAUCUCCGGUGCCAUCUGUUGCAACAGCGCCUUCCUGGCUAUGUUUUUCUUGCCCGCUGUUGACCAAGAAGCCAACCUUCUCGAAGAUGAGCUGUUUGUCGAAUACUUGGAAAGCACGGGCUACAAUGUGGCACGCUUGGGAACCCACUUUAAUGACAGCGAGUUCGAGAAAGUUUCCGUGACCGAGCUUCCAAAGGAAGCCUGA